GUGUUGUGUUUGUCGAAUGAUAAGAGCCGCGGGCAUCCGCCUGAGUCUACUCGUAUAAUAUGUCGCGUCCGUUUGCGCACAUAGUUGUGCUCCAUAUUAUUCUCCAAUUGCUGGUUCGGACCGAGGCGGCUCCGCUCACCACCCGAGACUUCGUCAGUCUAUUCGCGAAUCCGGUGAACGAUUUCAUCGAUCUGUUCAUGCGGGACAAGAAAGUGCAAAACAAAACGAGUACGACGAAGCCCGACGAUCUCGGUCCGCUGGGGGCGAUGAUCGAAGUGCCUCCGAACCACGAGCCCGUCAGCUGCGCACGAGGGGCCGUGAAGGACAGAAACGGCGUGUGCCGAACCCCCUUCUAGCUUUCACGUCGAAAUGUACGUGAAAAUUGUGCUGUUGAUGAUGCUGGUGGUGUACGGGUUGCCGAGCGAGGCGGGGGUGGUUUUCAACUUCCACGACAAGCUGCGGGAUGCGACCACGCAGAAGGAGGAGGUGC